UGCUGACAAAAAAGCCCUUGCAACUUGGUCAUCAAUGCAUCUACAGUCUCUACUUGCCUUCUAUAAUCCUACAUGCCCCAAAACAUCUUUUUUUUUGACUUUUGAUGUUGGGUUCUUAUUUUUUUCCUCUAAAAUUCUAGAGGAAUUAAGUGGAACUCUUCAGGAUUGGUUCUGGAGAAUCUGGGUUUGGUUUUCUUUAAAUUUGAUCAAGCAACUUGAUCAUCUGUUGUUCAUGGUUCUUGUUUGUAGAGAAGUGAGCACAGAAACCAAGUAAAACAAUUACUGGUCCAUGGGUAUUUAUUUGGCUUUCUAACCUUCUAGGAUCAGCAAAUUGAAAACCAAAGACACUCAACAGCUUUCUGUUUCCCUUUCCUGAUUCUUUUCCCCUUUUUUCCUUUUGAGGUGGUGUUUGGUUGCAGAGCAGAAAAUUGAGGUUCCCGUGACAACUAAGAGGAGUGUUCCAUGGAAAUUCAAUGGUUUUUAGAGGUGUGUUUGGUUACAAAGUAACUGAUAUAUGGUGGCUUCAUAGGAUGUAUACAGAAUCACUAGUUUUCUGAAGUGUAUUCACUAGGGAUGUUUGAUGGGAGUAUGAUAAUGUCCUUUUAUACACUAAACCAUUCACCAGCCCUUUUAGGUAAUGUAUAUAAGAAUAGGACAUAUUAUAGGACAAGAUUUAAUCCAUCUAUGGCCAUACAACCCUCUUCACUGCUGGUACAGACUGAUGAGGGUGGAAACUUACUGGAAUCAAAGAAGAUCUCAAGUUCAGGUACAGCGAUAACAAGCUGUCUGACACCUAAUUCUCUGCUCAGCCAAGCCAACACCAUCGGUAUCAUUGGAGGAGCAUCUGUGUUCUCUACUCUGAUAUUCUUGGAAAAGCUUGUUUGGUGGUGUUCAAGAGAUGGAGGAGAAAGCAUUCCUUUUGUGGUCUGCAGCGAUCCGGUAAUAAGUAGAGAGCUCCUGUUUCAUGGUUCAUUUCCUUCAUUUUAUGGCAGAGAUGCUCAAAUUCCCUUAAACCAUGGAAUGAUUGUGCAGAAUUUGAAGCAUAAAAGGGCAAUUCUCGAGCAGUCAGGAGCUCGUUGCAUUGUCAUGCCAUGCCAUAUGUCUCAUAUGUGGUAUGGUGAGGUAUCCCAGGGAUGUUCUGUACCUUUCCUUCAUGAAGGUGAUUGUGUUGCCAGGGAGCUCAAAGAAGCCAAGCUGAAGCCACUUGCUGUUGGGAGUAGCGUGCGGAUAGGGGUGCUCGCCACUGAUGCAACUUUAAUGGCUGGGUUUUUCCAGGAGAAACUAGAGAGUCAGGGCUUUGAGGUUGUGUUACCUGACAAAGCGACGAUGGAGCAUAUAAUAAUUCCUGCAUUCGAAGCAUUGCAUAGAAGAGACAUGGAAGGGGCAAGAAAUCUCGUAAGAAUUGCAGUGCAUGUUCUUUUGGUGAGGGCUGUGAACGUUGUCAUCCUCGCUUCUGAUGAACUACAAGGUGUUCUGCCUCACAAUGAUCCUCUUCUUAAAAAAUGUAUUGACCCCAUGGAUGCUUUGGCCAGGUCAACUAUAAAGUGGGCAAAAUCUACUGAAGAGGUACACAAGCAAACUUGAUAAGAACUUAAUCAGUCCAAGCAUAUUUACAAGCACCACUCACAAAAGCUGUGUGUCACUCUAGGUGAAACAUUUUUGUGCCAAUGGACUUGGUUAUGAAAAGAAAUCUAUACACACUACUUUAAUUGUAGAUGUGAUUUGUGGUUUACAUAUUGUCCAUAGAGUCGAUAUGAAAGGCAUUGCCUCAUUUGAUUUAGUGCAAUAUUCCUUGAGUCAUUUGAUUUGUUUGAUGAACUAAGGUGAGAUAUAAAACAGUUGUCUGUCAUUUGUAGUUUCUUGGAUUGACAACAUGUUUAAUGGAGUUCAUAAUCUCAAGUAUCAUAUUUCUCAA